GGCUGGUCCGUCACCACGACGGCACUCGAGAUGGCGAUACUGCUGUCUGGAUUCUGGAAGCAGCACAUCAUGCCGGCAGAAGACAUGCGUAUAAAGGGGGGAGAGUCCCUGGUCUUGCCCACCUCUCUCAAUUCCACAAUCGUCUCUUACAGGAACAAUCCACUGAGUUCUAACCAAGUCUAACAAAAACCAAACCAAAGAAACACCAGUCGAAAUGUCUGCCGCCGCUGCUCCCUCCAAGACCGUCGCCAUCCACGGCAAGGAUAUCUCGAUCCCCACGGGUCUAUUUAUCAACAACGAGUUCGUCAACGCGCUCUCUGGCAAGACGUUCGAGGUCGAGGACCCCAGCAAAGGAAAGACUAUCCUGUCGAUCCAAGAAGGCCAGGCGGAAGAUGUCGACGUGGCCGUCAAGGCCGCCAGGAAGGCCUUUGAGGGCGGAUGGGCGGAUUCGGACCCGGCCUGGAGAGGCUCGCUGUUGCUCCGCCUGGCCGACCUGAUGGAGAAACACCGGGACGAGCUUCUCGCCAUCGAGAUGGUGGACAGCGGCAACACCCUCAACCAGGUCGGGACCGUCGAUCUGCCUGCCUCGAUCGGGACGUUACGGUACUACGCCACAUGGGCGGACAAGGUGUACGGCCGCACUUCUGCCACUGUCCCGGGCACGUUCACCUACACGGUUAGGGAGCCCAUUGGCGUGUGCGGCCAGAUCAUCCCGUGGAACUUCCCCCUGAUGAUGUUCGUCUGGAAGAUCGCGCCGGCGUUAGCCACCGGCAACACGAUCGUGAUCAAAUCCGCAGAGAGCACGCCUCUGUCAGCCCUCAAGAUGUGUGAGCUCAUCCGCGAAGCUGGGUUUCCGGCCGGCACCGUCAAUCUGAUCUCUGGCUUUGGGCCCACCGUGGGCGCCGCGAUCGCGAACCACAUGGACGUCGACAAGGUCGCCUUCACGGGGUCCACGGCGACGGGUCGCGUGAUCAUGAAGGCGGCCGCGUCGUCGAACCUCAAGAAGGUCACGCUCGAGCUCGGAGGCAAAAGCCCGAACAUUGUCUUCCCCGACGCGGACCUGGAGAAAGCGGUCGACUGGUCGGUCCUGGGCAUCGACUUCCACGCCGGCCAGGUCUGCCACGCCGGAACCCGCAUCUACGUACACGAGGACAUCUACGACGCCUUCCUCGCAGCCUUCACCAAGAAGCUGGCGGCCACCAACGUGGGCAGCAACUUCAGCAGUCAGACGGACCAAGGCCCGCAGAUUAACAGGUCGCAGUACGAGAAGAUUCUCGGGUACAUUGACGUUGGCCAGAAGGAAGGGGCCACGCUCCACCUGGGUGGCCACGCGAUCUCCAAGGAUGGUGGUUAUUUUAUCGAGCCCACCAUUUUCACAAACGUCACGCCCGAGAUGAAGAUCGUCAAGGAAGAGAUCUUCGGCCCCGUGGUCGUGAUCGCCAAGUUCAAGACCGAGGAGGAGGUGCUCCGCGCGGCCAACGACACCAGCUACGGCCUCGCCGCGGGCGUCCACACCAACGACUACCAGCGCGCGCUGCGCAUCACCAAGAAGCUGAAGGCCGGCACCACGUGGGUCAACAUGUUCAACUUCCUGCACUGGAGCAUGCCGUUUGGCGGGUACAAGGAGAGCGGCAUCGGGCGCGAGCUCGGCGGCGAGGCGCUGGACAACUACACCCACGUCAAGACCGUCUACUUCAACAUGGGCCUCCCGGCGCCGAAGCAGGCCUCUUUCUCCGGAUAGGUUGCCCAGGGGCGUGGAACUCAGCGAGGGGGAAUUGUGGGUGUGCGUAGGUGAACAAGAGGCAGACAUUGUAAGAUAGGAUCGUG